AUGGACUGUGAAUUGUCGGAUGCCAUCCUAAUGGAUGCAAUUGGAAUGGCCAAGUCAUUUAAGUCCAAAGAAAGUUUGACCAAUAUGAAUUGUAAACAUUUUGCAUUCGGUGAUUACAUAGCCUCUCAGAUUAACUUGACUAUGCAACGAAUGGUUCUGUCCAUUGAAAAUUCGCAAUCCAAAUUCAACAACAGUUACGAAAUUUUACAAUCACUCAUGAAAGAUGUUAAACUGGAGAAGGACAGGCAAAAUGACUUUGACAAUUUGGUCAAAUUAUGGGCAUCUGAAAUAGAUGAAAACGAUAAUUUACUACCUGAAUUCGAUUUGGUAGCACAGAAGGAAGCCAAAGAUUCUACUAUAGGUGAUAAUAUGAGAAAAGAAUUGGCUGAUCUAGCGGAUACUAUGAAGGGAAGGGCCCUUACUUAUAAGGAAAUUUUGAUGAGGGAUAAUGAUAAAUUACACCAUUCGGCUGUGGUACAGCAGAAGGAAUUGGAAAGGAUUCAGAUGGAGAAUCAAAGAUCUAAAGCAAUGGAGAAUAAAAAUUCAAUUUCUUUCUUUCAAUUGCUACUCAUGAUUGCUGCGAGUGUGAUUUCGCUUUUUCUGUGUUUACUAGUCAUGCUGCUCACAUAG